AUACUGUAUUUGCACGCGUUUUCGUAUGUUGAACAACCGUGGAUUGUCAUACUCUGUCCAACACAUCUUUUCUACUUCACGUUGAGCUGGCAAUAACGACCAAGCCAUGGUUGGUCUCUUCAAUUUUUCAUCACUGAGCCUUUCUUGAGGUUGUUAACUGGCCUCCGUCGCCUUCACACGAACAGCCGACUCUGCUUCUACAACCCUUGCCCCCCUCUUCACCCUCCUCCUUCCUGUCCCGCAGGUGACCAUGAGCGGAUGAGCUAGCCAUCAUGUCCGACAUCGAGGACUAUACAUAUUCUCCCUAUGACGAUAUUGAGGACAUCUUAGACGAUGUCGACCCUGCCUUAGAGCUGGCUGACGACCUUGCCGAUCAUACCAUGCCGAGCCCCGUAUAUCAAGAUGAGAUUGCUGGUUAUGAUAUGCAAGAGUACUUCAGUGAUUGGGAUUACUAUUCCGAUGACUACAUGGACGAUGAUCCGUCCUUACUGAAAAUAAACCCACAAGACGGCACUGCACCGAAUCAAUCCACACCACAGAAACCUGAAGCAAAAGCUGAGAAGCGGGGAACGAAGAGGAAAUUGGCGGACCGUCUCAAUGCACCACUAUCUGACGAAGAACUGUUGGUGAGAAACAUCAAGGGAACUUUGUGGGCAACGCCAAUAUCGCCUCGCACGCCACCAUAUCGGAAAGAGGAGGACUCAAAAGUGGCACUGAUGAAGAACUGGAGAGAGAUCUUUGCAAUCACAGACAGUGGCUGGGGUCGCAAUGGUGCCAAUCCCGAGGAAGAUGAGUCUUGGGCGAAGGACAUGAGUCUGGCAGACAUGGGUUUACAGAACGUGCAAGGAAAGCGAAUGGACCAAAAUGUACAGCGUGACGAUGAUGCUGAACGAGGCAGAGACGAGGAGGGCGAUGACUACGAUGAGGUGGUUCUAGCAGCAGAAGACGUGGGGGUGGAUGAUUUGAGACACCUAAGUGCAGCCAUUGAGACGAAAUAUGGUGACGAGGUGAGAGAAAUCGAGGGUACGGAAUCAACACCACCACCUGAGGGAACAGAGACAGUCGCUCUUGCGAAGAUAGCAGAGGAUUCUGUCGUCGACGGAGAACCACCUCGAAAGCGACGCCGAAUGCAGGAAGAGUUGGCAACUUCUCAAGCCUCGGAAUCUGCUACCGCCGGAAAGGUGACCAGCACACGCAGUAGCGCAACCGAGUCUAGCUCACUGGUCGGGACAAGGCUGAAAGAAACCAGGUCGAAAGCUCAGGCCGACUCACAACCGCACAAGUAUGACAAGCCUUCUGGGACGAACGGAUCUGCGCCGGCUCAGAAAAAGAAGAGAAAGGCAAUCGAGGAACCCGCGGAGUCAGCCAUUUCGAGGUCUACCGCGAGUAGUCGUGCGAAGCGGGUGGCAGCGACUGAGUCCAAGUCAUCUGUUAGGUCUGUGGACGCUCCACGUCGCACGCGACAGUCGAAGAAAUGAUAUCCGUGUGGACGAUGCAUUGAUGUGACACCGGCUGGUACCGGCAACAUGACUUUUAUACGCAUAAUGAUUCAUAGCGGUUAAAAUGCAUGUUUGGUACUAGGUAGAUUGGAACGAGCACACGAAUUAACAAUGCCCAGAUAUACUUGCUGCGGAGGUGGUAUUGGAACGUCGAAUCUAGCUUACAUCUGCAGGACUGCCAUAGAUAGACCAAGGAUGUCACGAUACAGGUAAUUAUUCGCAGUUAGCAACUGUCAUGUAAUGGUAGCAAUUCGAAG